AUGUCGGACUCGUACUACGACAGCGAUCUGGUCUGUGAGUACUGUUCGACCAACUUCGACCUUCAGAAUCAUGUCCCGAAGCUUUUGGGGGUGUGUGGACACAAUCUAUGUGCUGAGUGCAUUGCCUCGUUGGAAGGAGCUCGGGGAUUCGGCCGCUUCAUGUGCCCUUUCUGUCGGCAGCCGCAUCGGCCCGGCGAAAUCAGCGUGAAUCCUGUGAUAAUGAAUCUGCUUCGCUCCGCUGCUGCUGGAGUGCUUGGCGAAGUCCCCUCGGCCACUAAUGGGGUUGGUGGUAGCACUUCAACUGAGGGAGGGUGUACCAACUUGACGGUUACUAGUGAUGAGGACGAUGAUGACGGUGACACUCGUAGUGACACUUUUGAUGAGCACGAUAGCUGCAACUAUAAGUGGUAUGAAGAGCGGGGUAGGUGGUGGUUCUGUGACUACAAUAAGGAUCGUCGGUGGCACUACUUUGGGAAGUGGCUAGCUGAUGAUGAUGGUGGUGAAGGAUGGAAGGACUGGGCUGAAUGGAAAAGUGAAAUAUGUCAAUCAGAGAACAACGCUUUCUAG